CUCAUCCACCUCACCCUCCUGCACAUCCAUUAUCGCGCACAUCCACGUAUCCGCCUGCUAGCACGUCAGUUCAUCCACCCUCACGAUCGCCUGCUCAUCCAUCGUAUUAUCCUCCAUCUUAUUCUCCUCAGCAUCCAUCGGGUGGCUCCUCCAUUCACCCGCCGUCUUACCAAUCAUCCAAUCCUUCCUGUCAUCCACCAUCUGAGCAAUUUACUUCGUCAUCAAGUCAUCCUUCUGCCCGCACGUCUGUUCAUCCUCGUCCUGAAGCUUCCUUACAUCCCUCUUCGCAUCCGCUUCCCGAUUCAUCCAUCUUUUCUGCAUCUCAUCCCUCGUUCCAUCCACAAUCUUCUGUUUCCUCCUCUUCGUCUUCUCACUCAUCCAUUCAUUCUCUUACUCACUCUUCAUACUCCACGCCACAUUCAUCGUCUCAUGCCACUCAUCCUCCAGCUCACCCCUCCAUUCGUCCUCCUACUCAGUCCCCAAUUCAUCCUCCUGCUCACUCUCCUAUUCAUCUUCCAGCUCACUCCCCCGUUCAUCCUCCAGCUCAAUCUCCCUACUCGUCUUAUUCACCCUGCAAGCCUCAUCCAUCUUCUUACACUUAUACCCAUCCGUUACAAACGUCACAUCCAUAUUCUCACCAGAGUUACUACAAGCCUGAUCAUCCAUACUCUCCUAAAUCAUCUUAUCCACCGCCUCAUCCAUCCGACAAUUGCUCAUCCGAGCUCUCAUUCAACCAGCCGUUACUGCCCACUGGCCCGACCACUGCUUCAUUUCAUCCUCACGAGGCGUACUCAUCCGAACUCCAGCGUCCCGAUGACAGUAAACCUCCAACUGAGCAGCGACCUUUUAAUGGAACUGCCACCCAUUACCGCCCACCGUCAGGUGCUCAACAUGACGCUGAAAUGGGUAAUGGGGCUGGAGGUAAUGGGUCUGCUGCUCCGCCGGCAACAGGACAUUCCUCGCUGAAGUGUGUGCCAUCAGCGCAGCAACCCUUGGAUCAAGGGUCGGCUCAAUGGCCCAAUCAAGGGUCGGAUUCAGGACCUAGUCAAGGGUCAAAGAAUCGUUUAAAUGUUACCCCAACCACGGCAUCGUCGGAUGUGACAAAGGGCCACUCAUUGCACCAGUACCCGUACUAUGAUGGACCCACGCAGCACCCACAUCCGCCCUACCCAGUGCACCCCAAUUACCCCCCACCUCAUAAUUCUUAUCCAUACCCAUACCCGGAACGUGCAUCAGGGGCACAUUUCCUUCAUCCCAGCUCUGACUACCCACCCUACAGUACCGCCCCUUCAUCUGGAGGUCAUACCCACUACAGUGCAGACUACCAGCCUCCAGAGACCACCACUCCUUCUUCAGCAGCAGAUCUCCCUGUGUCCACCGGAGUGCCCACAUUAACUCUGGCCCUGGCGCCCAGUCCCGUCCGUAAGCCCAGACAGCUGAACAACCUUGUCAAACAUGGCAGUUGUCCUUUCCCUUCUUCUGCCAAGGCUCGUCAAGGUCUGUCGACAACAGCUACGAACAGUGUCAGCAGAAAUGCUGACUCGGGCAGCGCAAACGCGGACUCAGUAAGCCGCAACUCAGACGCUGGUGAAGAUUUCGACCCCCUUCGGAUCAAAACGAAGGCUGAGCAGAAGAUGCUUGUUGGUCGCAAGGCUGUAGGUGUCGGUAACGUUGACGUGCAACAAUUGGACAGAAAUAAAGGCAGUCCUUUAACUGGAAGUUAUUCGCAUAACCAGACCAGCAAUGUGCUUACGAUAUCAGCAUCUUUAACGCCAUUGCAAGCUGAGGUGAAAUCUGAGGUUAACGACGAUUAUAAUGAACCUGGCAACUCUGGGACUAAAGAGCCUGAAUGCCACAACCCUGAUCAAGAUGUCUGGGGCAAUGUUAACUUCGAUAAGUUUUUGAGCGACUUAUCGCAGAACAGGGAAGUGACGACCAGCCGCAAGACCAAGACUCUGGGACGACGUUACGAACAAAAGUUGUUGAUCCAGAAGGCGAUCGACAAUGGCGAAGUGGCACCCAUACCUCCCCAAGUCUCGGAGCAUGAGAGUGAGAGUGAAGCUGAACCUCCUGUCAAGUUCCGUGGCAAGUUUAAGAGCAUCAAAGACAAGUCUUCCAAGGAACGAAUAAUUUUAACUUACGCGUCUCACUCGGACGAGAGUUGCACGGAGCUUAUCCCGGACGAGGAUGCGAGUGAUUUUGAAUUGGAACUUCAGAAGGAAAUCAAAGACUCGAAGAAGAAGAAGCAAGCCGUCCAUAAAAAAUCCCAGCGCAGGAGACGAAGUAGCGAAAGUGAGUCAGAGCGGAGGACCAGCCAUGACAGAAGCAAAGGGUCUCGCCUGCAGUAUCGCUCCAUCAGGAGCACGAAGGGCGCCCGGGCAAGGAAGAGUGAUGACACCGAUUUCUCCCCCGACUCCAGCGACGACAGUACCACCAGCAGCGCCGACACCGACUCGACUGAGUCAACAUUUUCUAGUAGAAAUAAUUAUCGCAAAAUACAUCCGAGAAGAAGAGCGGACUCGGACAGUAGCGACGAUGAUGAGGAGGAGGACGAUCAGCGUAGCCGUCCUCGUCGCCGACGAACAGGUCCUGCGAUGAAGCCGAGGGCGCGACGUGUGUCGGACUCAUCAGACGACCAGAAAUCGUCUUCCAAUCGACGUCGGGCCCGGAAAACUUGUAAAUAUUCCACUGAUGAAGACGAUGACGCUUACGAACCUCCCCGAGCCUCCCGCUCCAAAUCUAAAAAGAAGGACGAAGUCGUUAUAAAGAAACGGACGGUUUCUUCGUCCGAAUCUGAGGCUGACCAAAGAUCAAUUUUUACCAGAAAUCGCAAAAAAAUGAAAGUGAAGUCCGCGGGCGAUAAAAAUUCCGAGGCGCUCUUAACGAAGAAACGCGCUCAAAUUAAAGAAGAACCUGAGGAACCUUCAAGCUCAGACAAUAACAAACGAGGUAAUCGAUUAAUGAAAGCAAAGAAAAGCUCCUUGAUCAAAUCUGACAGCGAGUCAGAUUCGGUUGCUCAAUCUGAUCUGUCAAGUUUGCAGCAGAGAGAAAAGCCUUCAUUCAAUGACGACAAGAAGCAGGCCAAAGUUGCGCAAUCUGAUACGAUUUCGCCGGCAGUGGCUUCUUCACCAUUGCUGAGCAGUGGACCUGAGGGAGAGGAUGACUCUAUGUCCCUACCUGACAGUGACAGCAUCCUGCUCAAGCUCAAGAAGGUCAGACUCGCAGAGCUAGAGAGGGAAGACGUCAUCCUUGAGCAAGCUCGUCGCCUUGAAAUGUCCCGCAAAAUCAAAGAGAAACUGGACUCUCUUCACGAGGCCAAAUUCAGGCAGAGUUGGGCGAAGCCCAAAUUUGGGUCUGGGGACCAAUUCCACGCGGGAUGGGAAGAAGGUUUGCUUAAAUUCAAGAAGGAAUUUGCACGUCUGCCUAAGCAGCUGCUAUCUUCGAAAGGCUGGGACAAUCUUUGUGCCGACGAGUUCCCGAAGCGCAACUUGGAGCACAGUUCAGGUCGGGAGGUGAGCGGGCGCGUGACACGCAGCAAAACCAACACGCAUUCCUCCUCACAGAUGGCCAGCGAGAAGACCAAGGAGAGCCUCUUCACCACUAAUAGUAUCCUUCAGAAUUUCUUCGACAAAGUAGGUGACGUAGGUAUGGACUCAGACUCAGGCUGCAACGUCCGCAGGUUCGGUUUAGAUUCUUUCCCUGCGUUUGGCACUUCAAGAACUCACACAGGCCUCACGCCAACCCCUUCUGUGGCGCCCUCCAUGAUGGCAACUGAUGAGUCCGACUCUGACUCGCUUGCAAGCCGUCGGAGCCCUGCUUCUGACAGCGCACCUCUCGCAAGACGUAAGUCUGUGGCUGCUCAACUCAUUAAGAAAUUCAAAAGAAAAUACAAUCGCGUGAACACCGCAUGGCUGAGCAGAUCUAGAGCCAUCCUACCGACCGAUCCUUCGCCCAAACUCCUGCCCACUCCUGGUCUGGUGUCUGAAAAGCAAGUCGAUCUACGCAAGUUAGCGACUUUCUUUAGGAAAGACACAAUCGAUGCCCAUUGGAAAGUCUUCAAUGAGCUCUUCCAAAGCAACGGUAUCAAUAUUUUUUCAUCAACGCCUCUGCAAUCUCGCACCCGAAAAGAGAACCGGCAACUGUUGGACGAGGCGACUAUCAGGGCCGUGUUCGGGGACGUCGUGCAGAAAACCGAAGCUCCUCUCAUCGCCAAAAAACUUACCCCGAAGAAGGCAACUAUGAACGGCUCCUUGAAACUGCAAGGGCUUAGCAACACCCAUGAUGACACCACGUCACUACCAAGCUCAACGCGCCCUAACACCCCAUCUGACGGUGCGGCCAUAGGGUCUGGUGAGGAGGACAGCGAGAUUACUGCUGAGUUACCUAGCCUAACGUCUUCGAGGAACACCUCUCUUGAGGACUCACUGCGUCGAGGUGAUGGCACCAACGCCUUCACCAUCUUCGGCGCCCCGACACUCCUGGACAUCAAGAAGAAGCACCGCAAGAAGCACAAGAUCCACAAGAGCAGCGGCUUCGACUACAUCCGCAAGAAGAAGAGGGCGCUGCCCAAGCCCGACGACGACGCCAUCUUGUCCCUUAAGAAGAAACAGGUGACGCGGCGGCAGGAGUUGUGGCCGGAGGACACGAAGGACAUCGCGGGGGAGGUGCGGGGAUGGGUGGUCAACAAGCACCUCGGGGAGACCGUCCUACACAAGGCCGCCCGCACCAACGCUCACGACGCGCUCAUGUACUGUCUCGAGAGCCCCGAGUUCGACGUGAACGUGCGAGACAACGCAGGCUACACGCCCCUGCACGAGGCCUGCAACAGAGGGCACCUCGCCGUCGUGCAGGCCCUGCUGGCCCACGGGGCCCUGGUGAAUGCGGCGGGGCAUGGAGGACUGCGCCCUUUGCACGAGGCCAUGGAGAACGGGCACGCCGAGCUGACGCGCCUCUUGCUGAGCUACGGCGCUGACCCCACGCUGACGACGUACAGCGGUCAGCGUCCCGCUGAUCUCACCACUGACUCAGUGUGUCUCCUACUGGUGCUGCAGCAUCUCAGUGACCUCACAGGCAUCCAGGCCGCCCACUGGGACUUCUGCGGCCCAGCGCGGUUCAUGGAUCCCCCGGACCAGGGCUUCAAGCUGUUCUCAAAUCCCCCUGCUCCCGAGACGUCCCUGGGACUCCCCCCAUCCGUCGCCCCUUGUCCUCAUCUGAAGGCGCCCUCCUCAACGUCCUCCCCAGGCUUCACCUUCGAGGAGAGCUUCAAGCCGCUGCCUGACCUCUUCGUCCACCGGUCGUCACGAAGGCGCUUCAUGGUCCUGGAGGACGUGCUCCAGUUCCUGGACCUCUCGUCCAUCAGAGACCUCGUCGUCAUGCUGGCCGCCGCCCGCGGUGGACAUCUCGAGACUCGCACUGAAAUACUCUCGAAUUUACUGGCUCAGUACGAGUGGACCAGCGUCAGCAGGAGCGUUAGUAUGAGACUCUCCCAGCACGUCACCCUCGUUUUAUAUUCCGACGACCUCAGGCACGUUAUGGACGUUAAAGAACACGUCAUUGUGUGACGGCCCUCAGUGAACACGUCAUUGCGUGACGGCCAUCAGUGAACACGUCAUUACGUGACGGCCCUCAGUGAACACGUCAUUACGUGACGGCCCUCAGUGAACACGUCAUUGCGUGACGGCCCUCAGUGAACACGUCGUUGCGUGACGGCCCUCAGUGAACACGUCGUUGCGUGACGGCCCUCAGUGAACACGUCAUUGCUGAGCGUAAAAUGAUGGACGGUGCAUGGAUGAUUCAAGCCCGUCAAAAGCCCGUCUAAAGCCCGUCAAAGGCCCGUCUAAAGCCUGUCCAGAGCGACCUCGGUUAUCGAGUCACGGACCUAUACAGAAGCAAGACAUACAAAAACAUCAACAACAAUAUUUCCUGCAAUAAUACUGAAUAGACGAUAUUGAUAUUGAUUUUGGAGCUUCUGAAUAUUUUUUGAUGAGUUAUCUUGUUAAUUUAAGUUUAAUUUCCUGGCAAUACGCGUGCAAUGUCUACGCGUUUUCUCCAAACAAAUUUUGGGUCGCGUUAACGUCUGAUAUUAAGGCUGCUACAGAGGCUAAUUAGAGCCGCUCUAGAUCUUGAUUAAAGCCGCCCCUGGCCGUGAUUAUAGCUGCCCUAGUUCUUGUUUAGAGCCGCCCUAGCUCUUGGUUAAAAUCACCCCUGGCCGUGAUUAUAGCCACUGCAGCUCUUGAUUAGAGCGGCCUCAGCUAUUGAUUAGGGUGGCUCCAGAUCAUUUGUAGCCGCCCUAGCUCUCGAUUCGAGCUGCCCUAGCUAUUGAUUAGAACGGCCCUCAGGUCGUGAUUAGAGCCACUGCAGCUCUUGAUUAGAACGACCCCAGUUCUUGAUUGUAGCGCCACAGAUACCCAUUACACAAGCAAGACUAUGAAGUUUUACUAAUUUGUUUUCGCUUGCGUUACGGUCAGCUUGUUUUCAUCACUUCAUCUUCCCCACAUGACAGCCUCGUUUUGACCUGCUAGCUUGGAAAUUCGUUGUAUUGGGACCACGGCGUUGUCUUAUUAUUUAUCUUAUUUCAUUAUCAAUUCGGACUGUAUUUUAAUAAUUAGCUCUAUUUUAAGUUCCUUGUGUCACAUUUAAUCUAUCUUUUAAUAGAUUAUUUCGUAAAAUUUAUCGCUGGUUAACAAAGAGCGCUUUGCAAUAGCUGACAAACAUUGUCUUUUGUGGAUUAUUUGUCGUUUUUAAUUACAAUCACAAAACUGAAGCUGCUGGAUGGCAAAUCAAUAUGUUAUUUGUUGCGUAAGAAUAUAAUGCUCGUGAAGUUGUGGUCCCUUCAUGUGCACUUUAGUUAACCAUUCGUGGGACCGACUUUCAUUAGAAUUGCUAUCAUCUACCUCUGUUCUUAUCAGUUACAUCUUCGUUAUCUAUUUGUGUAUGUCUGAUAUAAGCGUUAUCGUGCCCACAAGCAGGCAAUCUGUUGUUCUGGUGACGGGAGUUUUAAUGAUUUGUUUUAUGCAGUUUUGUCCUUUAUUUAUGCGAUUACAUGAAUCCUAUGCAAUUUUAAUCCCUUCGAUACCGGUAUUAUUUAAUUUUUGACAAUUUUUCUUGAUUAUCUGAAAGAUUUCGACCCAGCCGCCAUGACAACUCAAACAUGGCGAGCAGUGGCAAACUUACGAGCCUGGCGUUGUAACAAUGCUGCAGCCGACAUUCUUCUUGAGUAGACAAACGAAAAUGAAUAAUGAAAAUGAAUGAAUAAUGCAGGGAAGUGAGAUGAAUAGUGCAGUGAUUAAUCGUCGUCACAAAUACCUGGCACCGACUUCAGGGGACACUUGGGUAGACCCACUGCAGACGGACCACUGCAGAUGGACCACUGCAGAUGGAUCCACUGCAGACGGACCACUGCAGAUGGACCACUGCAGAUGGACCACUGCAGAUGGACCACUGCAGAUGGACCACUGCAGAUGGACCACUGCAGAUGGACCACUGCAGAUGGGCCACUGCAGAUGGACCACUGCAGAUCACUUGUGUAAUUUUAUGAAAAUGCUUCGUAGAUCCUCAUAGGUAAUGUGUGCUGGUCGAUGUUAUCGCUAAAAUGUCUGUGAUUUUUAAAGCUAUAUUCUAAGUUUAUCAGGAGUAGUGGCAAUGCGUGUCUGAACCAACCGCCCCUUGCGGUUGACAGCUGACAAGCUCAGGACGCCUACAGGCGACCGUGGCUCUCGUACGCUUGAUUCACGUAAUUAUUUAAUGGAAAAAAUGUCGAGUCACUGCAUUCUAAUUACCCACGUUAAAAUGUCUGUCUGGGAAGCUCCUUUAAGAACUCCUGCUUGCCGAGCUUUGCUCAGCAGAAAUACUUCAGAAUAAACGGUUACCUCAGAGGCGCCGCCCUCCAAGAGCUCCUGUAAUGUUGACCUCAGUGCUGGCGGUAAGGGCUGAGGUCAGGGGGGCGGUGGUAUCUAGGAUACUAUAGAGUAACCUUCGUUGUUGGUGGCGAAGGUGGUAUCCAGGAUACUAUAGAGUUAUGUACCUUCGUCGGUGGUUUCCAGGAUACUGUAGAGUAACCUUCGUCGUUGGCGCUGGUGGUAUCCUGGAUACCAUAGAGUAACCUUCGUCGGUGGCUAUGGUGGUAUCCUGGAUACUAUAGAGUAACCUUCGACGUUGGUGGCGAUGGUGGUAUCCUGGAUACUAUAGAGUAACCAGAAUUAGUGUCCAGGAUACCGUGUUACCCCCCCCCCAAGGAUGCCCCGCUCCCCAGCAGGAGAAGAUGAGGGCGCUGUUCUUUCUCAGCUUGUAUUUCACGCUUCGAUGAUUACCUUUAAUGUAUAUAUUUGUGCAAUUGAUCUGUAUUUCAUGUGAUAAUAUGAAAUAGCUUUUAAAUUCAUUUUUAUACA